GUAUGCAUAUUACAUUAUAUUUUAUUAUGUUAUACUAUUAUAUUAUAUUAUAUUAUAUGUUAUAUAAUAAUGAAAGGUAUAAAAUGAAUAAAAUAGAAAGUGCAGUGUGAAAACGAAGGGCGCCUUUUCAAAAACAUCAAAUUAAAAGCCCUAAUUUUCUCACGUUUGCUAAAUUUACCUUUUGAGAAGAAGAAGACGACCAAAUCGAGGGAAAUAAAUCCUAUCGAUCGGCAUAAAACUAUGAACGCCGGAGUUAUAGAAGACCGCCGCGCCGGACCUCCUCACGCCGCCAUACUCGCGGUGGUCGUAGUGCUGGUGCUCGCUCUGCCUGCAUUGUUCGGCGAUCAAGGCGAAGCUAUAACCGAAUUCGUCGCCGACACGCUCAGUCCUAUCGGAAUGCUCCUCCUCCCUAUAAUCCUCCUCCUCACCAUCCAAUUCCUCUCCUCCGACCGCGGAUCCUUCGUGGCCGCCAUGUUCUCCUUCGGCGAGCCGAACUCCAUCCACCGCCUCAGCGGAUCGCCGGUCGGAGUCGCGCUGGUUCUUCUCCUCGUGCUAUUGCUUCUCUACAACAGAGUUUCGAUCUUCGGCGGCGAUGAAGAUUCCGGCGACUGACGGUUCGAUCUGAAUUCUGAAACUGUGCAUGGAUUUGAAAUUUGAAUUAUAAUUAUAUUUAAAAUUAUUUUCUCGAUUUUUUUUGUAAUUUACUAUAUUAAUUAAUUUGCCAGAUUAGCAAUAUAAUAGUAGUAUAAUUUUUAGACGCGGGUAGUGUAAUUACCAAAAUAACCCUAAAGUUGACUCUUCUUAUACUUCCAUGUGCAAUCCAAUAAUAAUGUAUAAUUCCGAGUUCAUACAUAUUUUGGUUAUCUAAAUCAAUUUUAUAUUUAUCUGCAAAAAG